AUGCGCCUGCACCCGGCCGGCCCGCUCCUGCAGCCACUCCUCCACAAACUCAGGCCCCCCCUCAACCACAACCCCAACAACAAAAAGAUGAGCAGCACCCAACCCUCACCACUCCCCCCGCUCCCCGAAGUCGAGCGCCUCGCACCGGGGUGCAUCCGCAUCCUAGGCGGCAACCCGGGCAAGUUCACCCUGCAGGGCACCAACACGUACUUGGUCGGCACGGGCGCCUCACGCUUGCUGAUCGACACGGGCGAGGGCCGGGCAUCGUGGCUGGCGGCGCUGCGGCGGGUGCUGCGCGAGGAGCGGGCGACGCUCGCGGCGGCGCUGCUCACGCACUGGCACCACGACCACACGGGCGGCGUCGCCGGCCUGCUAGCCGAGUGGCCCGGCACCCCCGUGCACAAGCACCAGCCUGAGGCCGGGCAGGCGGCGAUGGAGGACGGGCAGGUGUUCUCUGUGGAGGGCGCCACGCUGACGGCGGCGCAUACCCCCGGGCAUACGGCGGACCAUAUGGUGCUGUUUUGGGCGGAGCGCGGGGCGCUGUUCACGGGGGACAAUGUGCUGGGCCAUGGCACGAGCGUGUUUGAGGAUCUGGCGACGUAUGUUGCUAGUCUGGAGCGCAUGCGCCGGCUGUAUGGGGACCGGGAGGGAACCGCAACGGCCUACCCGGGUCACGGCCCCGUGCUGCUCGACGGGCCCGGCAAGAUUGCCGAGUAUAUCCGCCACCGCGGCCAGCGAGAGGAGCAGGUUGUACAGACGCUCCGUUCGGCUUUGGGCAGCGCGGACGCGGCCGCGGUGGCGGCGGGGGAGGGGAGUGGGAAGGUGGUGACUGGGAAUGGGUCUGGGGGUGAUGCUUGGACGGUGAUGGAGGUGGUUCGGAGCAUCUACCGGGAUGUACCCGAGAGCUUGCACCCGGCGGCGGCGGGCGGGGUCGUGCAGAUUUUGCGGAAGUUGCAGCGAGAAGGGAGAGUUGUGGAGGUGGACGGCGGCGAGAAGUGGAGGCUUGCUCCGGGGUCGGGCCGGUCUGUCUUGUGA